UAACCCAUUUCCCCAUUUUUACACGCGUGCUCCGGAGUUCGUCUAUUCUUUUCCUCCGGCGACCCAUAUAUACCGCCACCUUGCCCUCCUUCCAUGAAUUAUUCCUUUCUCGUCUCUUUGCCGCCCAUUCUUGUGUUCAGAGUGAUUGAUUGUGGUCGUCAACACACAGGCAAAAAGCCCUGCCUGGUCUUCCUCUUCCUCAUCCGAGGGAGGAUGACUGAAUUAGUAUAAGGUUGUUGAAGUAGAGGGCAAAAGGAAGGUUUAAGGGUAUUAUGCCUCGUUACCGUGGCGAGCCUCCUGGUGUUCGAGUUUAUACAGUUUGCGAUGAAUCUAAGUACCUGGUUGUCAAGAAUGUUCCAGCAUUGGGUUGUGGUGAUGAAUUGUUGAGACUUUUCUCAACAUAUGGACAGAUUGAAGAAUGCAAGCCAAUGGAUGCUGAAGAUUGUGAGCCCUUUACCGAUGUUUACUGGAUUAAGUUUCAUCAGGUUGACAAUGCUAGGUUUGCUAAAAGGAAGUUGGAUGAGUUUGUUUUUCUGGGGAACAGGCUGCAGGUUUCGUAUGCACCUGAUUUUGAGAGCUUGUCUGAUACCAAGGAGAAAUUAGAAGGGAGGAGAAAUGAAGUUCUUGCACGGUUGAAACCUAGGAGCUCCAAUGCCUCUGCAGCGUACGGUCAUGGGCCAUCAGCUAGAGAUCAGUCAUUGGGGUUACAACAACGGGAAUUUGGUGACUCCCAUUACACUGCUAGAAGUGGAGGUUCUGCUUCCAUGACUCAUGUUUCUUCUGACAAGGAGUAUUUCCCAUUGCAAUCUAUGAAUCAAACAGUUCGCCUGGUUAGAGAGAAACUUAAUGAGAUACAAUCAAGCACUGACAAUUCAGAGGUUCAGUCGUCUAAAAGACCACGUGUUGACAAUAGGAGGAGAAUCUAAUGUUCUUGAAAGAGUUCUGUCCUUUGUCCAAGCUCAGGUGAUAUCAUGAUGUGGGACAAAUUUGUUUAAUAUUUACUUCUUUGGUAGGAUCCUCGUGACUGCUGUAGAGAUGUGAAAUUGCAUUUGGAGGUCAACAAAUGUAAAUCUGCUGGCCCUCUUUAGGAAAAGGACAAAGGGCUGCAACAAUUCUAAGUUGCUAAGGGCUUCAACCUUUUUCUCCUGUUUAAGUUGAAAUCUUUUAAAUCA